AUGCAACAAUAUCCUCAAGGAAACUUCCGCGGCCACUACCGUGGUGGCGGUGCGUUUCGAGGAAACCAGUUCGGCCAGGGCCGAGGCGCCUAUAGAGGCAACAGCUUCAAGAGCGCUGCCCAGUGGACCUCCAACAGUUCCAAUGCCGGUUCGCGACAGCAGGAGGAUGUGAAGUCUCAGCAAUCGUCCACUCCCGCUCAGAGCAACAAAUCCGACGUUGGCGAUAACGUCGACGAGGGCGCCAAUCCGUUCCGCCCGUCCAAGGAUUUACAGGUCGAGGACACAACGACGUCCGACAAGGCCAGUGAGAGCAAUGCCUCGCGUUCAAACAGGGUGCCUCCGGCCGGUCCGGCCGCUCAGUCGGCUUCGUCGUCGUCGUCGAAGUUCAGCUUUGCGUUUAAGGCAUCUGCAAAGCCCACUCCGACGGCACCUAAGCCUGAGAUCUCUCAGAAGUUCAACGCCGCUCCUGCAAAGCGAGAUGCUUCGCAACAACGUGACACCAAGGAUGGGGAUCGUGACCGCGAUCGGGAACGGGAACGGGAACGAGAGCGGGAUCGAGACAGAGACCGGGAACGUGAUCGUGACCGCGACCGCGACCGGGAUAGGGCGAGAGACAAGGCUCGGGAGAGGGAGAAGGAAAUUGACAGAGAUAUUCUUCGGAGUGCUCCUACCGAGCCUGCUUCCGCCAGAGCUCGCCAGGAACCCCGGCAUCCUCCUCCAGGACCGCGACAGCCGUCUGCUCCCAGGAUGCGAAAGAUCAAGAAGACCAUGAAGCGCCUAAAGCCAGGACCAAAGCUGCCCGACGACCUGAUCAAGUCAGAGUCGGUUUAUUUCCGCAAGCCUGGCAAUGAAUCUGUGGUUGGAUCCGGCACCUACGGCAAGGUCUUCAAAGCCUUACACGUCUACACGAAGGGACUAGUGGCCCUCAAGCGCAUUCGCAUGGAAGGUGAAAGGGACGGAUUUCCCGUUACGGCGGUUCGAGAGAUCAAGCUGCUUCAGUCGCUUCGACACACCAAUAUCGUCCAGCUUCAAGAGGUCAUGGUCGAGAGGAACGACUGCUUCAUGGUUUUCGAAUACUUGUCUCACGAUCUGACGGGUAUUCUGAACCAUCCCUCUUUCACUCUGGACGCGGCCCAAAGGAAACACAUGGCAAUGCAGCUCUUCGACGGCCUCGACUACCUGCACAAGAGGGGUGUCCUCCACCGAGACAUCAAGGCCGCCAACAUCCUGGUCAGCAGCGACGGUAUUCUCAAACUGGCGGACUUCGGCCUGGCACGCUUCUAUGCAAAGAGGCAUCAGCUGGACUACACCAACCGAGUCAUCACGAUUUGGUAUCGGUCGCCGGAGCUGCUACUUGGAGAGACCCAAUACGGACCAGCUUGCGAUGUCUGGAGUGCCGCCUGCGUCAUGGUGGAGAUCUUUACCCGCCAUGCCAUCUUUCCAGGCGAUGGUAGCGAGAUCAACCAACUGGACAAGAUCUAUGCUGUGAUGGGCACCCCGAACAAGGCGGAAUGGCCGGGGCUGGUCGACAUGCCGUGGUUCGAGCUUUUGCGACCUGGGUACCGACGGGCGAACACCUUCCCCUCCAAAUACCAGGACAAGAUUCCAGCCGCCGCUUUCCGACUCUUGGCCGCCAUGUUCCGCUACGACCCUGCCAAACGGCCAUCGGCUGCAGAGGUCCUCGCAGACGAAUACUUCACCACCGAGGACCCUCCUCCACGACAGGCUGUAGAGCUUGCCGAUUUAGAUGGCGACUGGCACGAAUUCGAGUCUAAGGCGCUACGACGCGAGAACGAGCGCAAGGAGAAAGAAGCACGGCGCGCAGCCGCGUCGGCCAAGGACAGCAGACCCAGAGACCGCAAGAGGGAACCCGAAGCCCACGACGACCGGGGUGACGCUAAGAGAGUUCACGUCGAGGGGAAGCCGGCAGCUCCCGCAGAGCGUUCGAGGGCCUAG